CAUAAACCUCGGCGUAGUAUGUACAUGAUUUUGAUGGUUAAUUGAGCACAACCUAGGCUAUUAUCGCUUUUUUCGCCACAUGAAGUGUUUAUAAUGCUGAUGGCUGAUGUGCGUAAGGUACAGUUAUCAACUGGUGAAAGUGUCAUAAUGGUCGUUCAAAGUGUUGCUCUUCUGCUACUGAUCGCUGGAACAGUUUUGCUAGUAUCAGCUGAUCCGAAUCCAGCGUGUAUGAAACUUCCAGAUGUAAAAGGGCUAAAAGGAAGUCGUUCUUGCUGUACAUUCCCACGUCUGGCGGAACUUAAAUCUAUGGAAGAAUGCUGGAAAGAGAUUACGUCUAAGAAGGAACCAGAGAUGGUUAAACUAUGUAAACCACUACAAUGCAUGUUCAAGCGAUUCAACGUGCUGAAGGCAAACGACACCCUGGACCGAACAGCCGCCGAACGGUAUUUGGACAAUCGACUGAAAAACAGCACCGAGUGGCUCAAGCUGACCAAGUCGAUCCUGCUCGAUCAGUGUAUGCCAAUGGUGGAGAGGGAUUAUGCCAAAAUGGUGCAAUUUUUCCGAACGAACCGAAUGGAACUGCCGGAGCCGAGCCAAUGCUCACUGAAGCCAAUGUUUGUGGUCAUCUGCUUUUCUGCGAUGGCGUUUGCGAAAUGUCCUGCAUCAUCUUCAAGUCAAAGCCCGAUCUGUGAUGAGUGGAAGAAGUACACCAACACUUGUACUGGAAACGCCGAGGAUAUCCUUCAAACAUUCAAGCUAUUGGAUAGAAUGCCUACUGGUGGAAACAAAACCCAACCCCGCACAACGGAGCAGCCAAAAUUAACUACAGGACGGAAUCUAACAACAACGUGAAUUUGAAAUAGUUACAAGCAGUAGGUCGAGCGAACAAUGAAAAAUUCACUUCCAUCAAUAUUGAGUGAUUCGGAACAUGAAGCCGUCGUAGUCGAAUCACAAUUACAAUAAUUUGAAAUUAUUUUAUUUUGAAAUACAAUUGAUUUUAU